AUCCCGUGCUUUUGCGUCUAUUGCCUGUGCCUGGUCAUGUCGUUGCACGCAGGCAGAGGAGGACCACAGACUCGAGCAGGCCCUGGAGCUCCAGUGCAGACAUAUCGGCCACAAAAUGUAAGACCUGCUCAGAUGCAGCAGUCUUCUGGGCCGUACUGCUAUGACCCGCAAAGUACUCCACCUCCCACAUUUUCCAGCCUUCCUAACACAAGUUACAUGCCUCCGAGGCCAGAUUACAUGUGCUAUCCUCCACCUGUUGCCCCGCCUACCCAAAAUACAGUAAACCAAUGUCUUCCAAGACCAACUUAUCCCAUCAGACAAAGUUACCCGAUGCCACCUUGUUUUCCUCCUGCUCCACCAUCUACACUUGGCCCAGGAAAUCCUCCACCUUCUGCACCACCUGCGGCACAAGGCACCUAUCCUUAUAUUGCCCCCCCUCUUAUGCCACCACCACCUAUCAUGCCUCCACCAUUGCCACAUGUGGGUUAUCAGCCAGUGUACCCCUCUGGAUAUCCACCGCAGACUUUUCCUCCACCGCCACCUCCUCCUCAACCCGUACCUAGCUUUAAUAGCUAUCAGCAGAAUUCAGCUUCUUUUCAAGGCAGCAGCCACUACAGACACACAAGUCAUGGUCCAUAUCAGACAGAUAAAGCGCAGAGUGAUCACCGAACACAGGACAGAAGCAAACAUUACGAUGCUCAUCGACAUAGGGAAUACAGUCAUGGCGAUAGACACCGCUCUGAGAAGCAUGGUGAUCGAAGAGAUCGAGGAAGGAGUCCUGACCGUGCAAGGCGACCAGAUAGUAGUCGGCGUAGAUCAGAGUAUGAGUACAGUAGGACUCCUUUUCAUGGCAGAACUCCACCACGUCAUGGAAGCUAUGAGCGCAGCAGGUAUUUUGAAAGGGAGCGGCACAGACAUCGGGAUAGCCGAAGAUCACCAACCCCUGAAAGAAGCUAUAGGAAAAGACAAAAAAGCACAUCUCCUAAUAGAGAGCGUAAGAGACCAAGGUGGGAAGAUGAACUCAAGGAAAGCACUAUUGAAAGCCCCUCCUCUGGGAAGGAAAAAGGUUACUUCUCUAUAAAAGACAAAGAUUUACUGGAUGAAGGCAUGAUGGAAAGAGCUGAAGAGGAGGAUGAAGAUUUGUUAAAACCAGUGUGGGUUCGCUGUACUCAUUCGGAAAGCUACUUUUCCAGUGACCCAAUGGAUCAAGUAGGUGACUCCACUGUGGUCGGAACAAGCAGGUUACGCGAUUUGUAUGACAAGUUUGAAGAGGAACUUGGCAAGCGUCAGACAAAAGCCAGAGCGGCCAGGCCAGCGUGGGAGCCACCGAAGACCAAAUUAGAUGAAGAUUUUGAUAGCUCCAGUGAUUCUGACUGUGAUACGGAUGAUGAUAGCUGCUCCAGCAGCUCAGACUCUGAGGUGUUUGACGUGAUUGCUGAAAUAAAAAGGAAGAAAGCUCAUCCCGACCGUCUUCAUGAAGAGCUAUGGUAUAAUGACCCUGGUCAGAUGAAUGAUGGCCCCCUGUGCAAAUGCAGCGUUAAAGCCAGGAGUACAGGAAUCAGACACAGCUUUUAUCCUGGAGAGGAGUCGAUUAAAGCAUGCCGUCCCAUGACAAACAACGCAGGUCGUCUAUUUCACUACAGGAUAACUGUAUCCCCGCCAACCAAUUUCUUAACUGAUCGGCCCACUGUUGUAGAGUACGACGAUCAUGAGUACAUCUUUGAGGGAUUUUCUAUGUUCGCCCAUGCUCCCCUCACAAAUAUUCCCUUGUGCAAAGUAAUCCGGUUUAACAUUGACUACACAAUUCAUUUCAUUGAGGAAAUGAUGCCCGAGCAUUUCUGUGUGAAGGGACUUGAACUGUUUUCCUCCUACCUGUUCAGGGACGUAUUAGAGCUUCAUGACUGGAAUCUUAUUGGUCCAACUGCUGAAGAUAACAGGGCUGUGUGUCCACAAUUUCAUUUCAUGCCUCGUUUUGUGAGAUUUUUGCCAGACGGCGGCAAAGAAGUUCUAUCUAUGCACCAAGUGUUGUUGUACUUGAUUCGAAGCAACAAAGCUUUGGUUCCAGAAGAAGAAAUUGCAAACAUGCUCCAGUGGGAGGAGCUAGAGUGGCAGAAAUAUGCAGAAGAAUGCAAAGGAAUGAUUGUCACUAACCCAGUAAUGAAACCUAGCUCCGUUCGAAUUGAUCAACUUGACCGCGAGCAGUUUAACCCAGAAGUGAUUACUUUCCCUAUUAUUGUGCAUUUUGGUAUAAGACCUGCUCAGCUGAGUUAUGCUGGAGAUCCACAGUACCAGAAACUGUGGAAAAGUUAUGUGAAGUUGCGCCAUCUACUGGCCAACAGUCCAAAAGUCAAACAAGCAGAUAAGCAGAAAUUGGUCCAGAGGGAGGAAGCCCUUCAGAAGAUCAGACAGAAGAACACAAUGAGGCGUGAAGUAACAGUAGAACUCAGUAGCCAGGGUUUUUGGAAAAGUGGCAUCCGCUCGGAUGUCUGCCAGCAUGCAAUGAUGCUGCCAGUGUUGACCCAUCACAUCCGCUAUCACAAGUGCCUGAUGCAUCUAGAUGACUUAACUGGAUAUGUGUUUAAGGAUCGCUGCUUGCUGCAGCUUGCAAUGACUCACCCAAGCCACCAUUUAAACUUUGGGAUGAACCCUGACCAUGCUCGCAACUCUCUGUCUAAUUGUGGAAUUAGACAGCCAAAAUAUGGGGACAGAAAAGUUCAUUACAUGCACAUGCGUAAAAAAGGAAUAAAUACGCUGAUAAACAUUAUGUCUCGUCUGGGGCAAGAUGAUCCAGCCCCUUCACGAAUAAACCACAAUGAGCGCUUGGAAUUCCUUGGAGAUGCUGUGGUUGAAUUUUUAACAAGUGUCCACCUGUACUUCCUGUUUCCCUGCCUAGAAGAAGGAGGACUGGCCACAUAUCGAACGGCUAUUGUUCAAAAUCAGCAUCUUGCCAUGCUGGCUGAGAAACUGGAACUAGAUCGCUUCAUGCUCUACGCACAUGGACCCGACCUGUGUAGAGAAUCAGAUUUGCGGCAUGCCAUGGCAAACUGCUUUGAAGCUCUAAUGGGCGCUGUGUACUAUGAAGGUGGACUUGAAGAAUCAAAGCAGUUAUUUGGAAGGUUAAACAUUAAUGACAUUUUUCAACAUCUACAGGACCUGCGGGACGUGUGGCUUAAUUAUCCUCUACACCCACUUCAACUUCAGGAAUCUAACACGGAUCGACAGCUGAUUGAGACAUCACCGGUCCUUAAGAAGCUGACCAAAUUUGAAGAAGCAAUUGGAGUUGAGUUUACCCAUAUACGGCUUCUAGCUCGAGCUUUCACCUUGAGAACAGUGGGAUUUAACCAUCUGACCUUAGGCCAUAACCAAAGAAUGGAAUUCCUGGGUGAUUCUAUAAUGCAGCUGGUAGCCACAGAAUAUUUAUUCAUACAUUUCCCUGGUCAUCACGAGGGCCACUUAACGCUGCUGCGUAGUUCACUGGUGAACAACAGGACACAGGCCAAGGUAGCGGAGGAACUGGGUAUGCAGGAGUUUGCCAUUACAAACGAUAAAACAAAGAGACCCGUGGCUCUCCGGACCAAGACCUUGGCUGAUUUGUUGGAAUCCUUUAUUGCGGCACUUUAUAUCGAUAAGGACUUGGAAUAUGUUCACACUUUUAUGAAUGUGUGCUUCUUCCCACGACUGAAGGAGUUUAUUCUAAAUCAAGACUGGAAUGAUCCUAAAUCUCAACUUCAGCAAUGCUGCUUGACUCUGAGGACAGAAGGAAAAGAGCCAGAUAUUCCUUUGUACAAGACUCUACAAACUGUAGGCCCUUCCCAUGCAAGAACCUAUACUGUUGCUGUGUACUUCAAAGGAGAGCGAAUCGGCUGCGGUAAAGGACCAAGCAUUCAGCAGGCUGAGAUGCAAGCUGCUAUGGACGCCUUGGAGAAAUAUAACUUCCCCCAGAUGGCUCAUCAGAAGCGUUUUAUCGAACGGAAGUACAGGCAGGAAUUGAAAGAAAUGAGAUUGGAGAAGGAGCAACAAGAGAAUACGGAAAACGUGAGAAAAUAAAGCUUGCCAUUCUUACAGGAUCCAUUCAAACUCACUAGGGGCAACUGCCAUACAACAUCAUUCUGCCUGUUGUAAAUGUUUACAGAUAACUCAUGCUGUGUCCAGUUACACAAGUGAUUCAUGGACUGAGCAUUUUUU